AGUACGUAACCGAAUCAGCUCGUAGUGAUAUUGACAUACUUUUGUUGCCCAACAAGACCGGUGCGCUAUAAAAAUUGUUAUUUUCAAUUAUGUGCGGUAAAAACUGAACUUUUGGAUGAAAUCGUCAGAAAUUCCCGUUUAUUAAUUAGGAACUAGUAGGUGUUUACAACGUGACAUUCCCAUUAAUUUACUAAUAACUUCUCGACGUCCAUUUGUGCGGUUAUACGAUGUAUAUAUAGUUAUAUAUAUUUUUCCGUGUUUGAAUGACAAUGUAUGUGAACUUAUCUCAUAAUUUAAUGGAUUAUUGUGUUAUUAGUGUACGGGGUGGCAAAUAGCUUAAUAGUGUUAAGUGAAAUAAAACAGGGUGCUAAAGAUAAAUAUACUGUUUUUGAAAUAAAAUGCUUGCCCAAAAAAAUUCUACAAAAAAGCUACAAGAUGUUUUGGUGGAAUUUUGUGGAGCCGGACCACCCUAUAAGCAUAAUCCCGAUGGGGAAAUCGACUACGACGGAUUUCACAGAUUUCUGGAUACAUUUCUGGAGGUACGAACGCCAGAAGACUUGUGUCGACAUUUAUUUCUUUCAUUCGUCCGACGUGGGGUGAAAGUCGAAGGAUCCACACCAAAUAUUAACUCAACAGAAUAUGGUCAAAAACAUGCUGAGGAAAAGAGCACCAAUUAUGGAGAAAUGAUCGUUGAGAAGAUCCAUGGAAUAAGUGAAAAGCUCUUGGGUCAUCACAGAUCGGAUAGUGAUUGCUCUACAAGGGGGAAAACAGGAACGGUUCAUCCAAUGUUGACAGUAACUCACACAUCUUAUUCUUGUCACGAAGUUCUGGGGAAGAAAAGUACAGAUUCAUCUCCAUCCCACAGUCAGAUAUCAAGAAAUUCAUCCAAGAAGUCCAAUAACUCUCUUCUUGUAAAUAACGGAAAACUGGAAGAAAUGCGACAUAUUGUGAGAAAGGCGAGUAUGCUAGAUGUACACCAAGUAAAAGUGUCUCUGAAAGACAUUGUUUGUUACCUGUCACUUCUAGAAGCAGGCAGACCAGAGGAUAAAUUAGAAUUUAUGUUUCGUCUGUAUGAUACAAAUGGAGAUGGGGUAUUGGAUACAAAUGAAAUGGAUUGUAUAGUUAAUCAAAUGAUGACAGUUGCUGAAUACUUGGGUUGGGAUGUAUCGGAACUUAAACCAAUUCUUCAAGAUAUGAUGGUGGAAAUAGAUUAUGAUGCUGAUGGUACGGUUUCAUUAGAAGAAUGGAAACGAGGAGGUCUCACAACGAUACCACUUUUAGUGUUGUUGGGCCUCGAUUCAAACGUAAAAGAAGAUGGAAAUCACUUAUGGAGAUUGAAACAUUUCAGCAGGCCAGCAUAUUGCAACCUCUGCCUUAAUAUGUUAGUUGGAUUAGGAAAGAAAGGACUCAGCUGUGUUUUUUGCAAGUACACCGUCCAUGAACGAUGUGUAGCUCGUGCCCCGGCAAGUUGUAUAGCAACAUAUGUAAAGAGCAAAAAAUCUUGCCAAACGCUACAGCAUCACUGGGUGGAAGGAAAUUGUCAUGGAAAAUGCGCUAGAUGUAGAAAACCAGUGAAAGCUGGCAUUACUGGAUUACAUUGUAGGUGGUGUCAAAUAACUUUACACAAUAAAUGCGUUUCACAAGUGAAAGCUGAAUGUGGACUUGGAGAGCAUGCCGUCCAUAUUUUACCCCCAGUCUCCAUUUAUCCCAUUGUUUUAGAUCGACAGAGAUCCGUACAGAAACGAGGAUCUAAAUACGGACAUGAUAAUGGUUCCAUAUCACAAAACAAACAACCAGCCUUGUCGUUUCAAAUUACAACGUCUCCGAAUUCCGUGCCUCUUUUGGUAUUUAUCAAUCCGAAAUCUGGAGGUCGACAAGGCUCCAGAAUUCUUAGAAAAUUCCAAUACAUACUUAAUCCGAGACAAGUACAUAUACUAGGAAGUGGAAAUGGUCCUAUGGCGGGACUUAGUAUGUUCAAAGACGUCCCUAAUUUCAAAGUUGUAUGUUGUGGAGGAGACGGGACUGUAGGAUGGGUAUUAGAAACUAUGGAUAAAAUUGAGUUGGAGUGUCAACCAGCAGUGGCAGUUAUCCCUUUGGGAACGGGGAAUGACUUAGCAAGAUGCCUUCGAUGGGGUGGAGGGUACGAAGGAGAAUCGAUACAUAAAAUGUUACAUAAAAUCGCUCGAGCGUCUUCGGUGAUGCUCGAUAGAUGGAUGGUAGAUUUAUAUGAUACAGCACCUCCAGAUCCAGAUCAAAAAAUUCCCGAUACGAGAAUACCUUAUAAUAUCAUCAAUAAUUAUUUUUCUAUUGGAGUAGAUGCUGCUAUAUGUGUGAAAUUUCAUCUAGAACGAGAGAAGAACCCUGAAAAAUUCAACAGCAGAAUGAAAAAUAAAUUAUGGUAUUUUGAAUACGCUACUUCAGAACAAUUUUCAGCAUCUUGUAAAAAUCUUCACGAACAUAUUGAAAUUACUUGUGAUGAUCAAAGUCUGGACCUUGCAAAUGGACCUCCUUUACAAGGAAUAGCUUUAUUGAAUAUUCCUUAUACUCAUGGCGGAGCUAAUCUUUGGGGAGAGCAUCUUUCCAGUACAAGAAGAAAAAAGUCUAAAAAGAGACAAAAGGAACUGAGUACCAAUAGUUUUAAUUCUGUAGACCUUAGUGUAGCGAUACAAGAUAUUGGAGAUGGAUUGAUAGAGGUUAUAGGUCUAGAAAAUUGUUUGCAUAUGGGACAAGUGCGAACAGGACUAAGGGCUAGUGGUCGACGAUUGGCUCAAUGUUCUUCAGUUCUGAUAAAAACCAAAAAGACUUUUCCUAUGCAGAUCGAUGGGGAGCCUUGGAUGCAACCGCCAACUACAAUACGUAUCACUCAUAAGAACCAAGUGCCGAUGUUAAUGGCACCUCCUAUAGAAAAAGGCAAAGGCUUUUUUAGAUUCUUCCGUAGGUAGAAACUUAUCAACCUUUAUCUAAAAGUGAUAUUAAAAUAUUCAUACUAUUCCUGAAUAUCUAGUCUUCGGAUAUUUUUUAGUUUUAAAAAAUGACAAUAAUAUUAUUUAUUCUAUAUAUAUUUUUGUGUAUAAGGUAUCAGUAUUAUUAUUUUCAUUUGUUUAUUGAAAUAAGAAAAUUGUUAACCUGUUAUAUUAAGUUGUAUAAAUUGAUUAAAUAUAUCAGAAUAUGAAAUAUUCCCUACAAAUAGUUUGUAAUUUGAUAUUUUAUUUUCAUCUGUUCAUGCAUUCGAAUAUAAGAAAUAAUAAUUAUUUAUAUAGUAAGUUAUAUUCUUGAGUCAUUGUGUCUUUCAUCUCAAAACAUCUAGUAUAAUUUCCAUUAUAGUCCUCAUAAGCUUUCUUGCAGACAAGGUUUACUAUUUUUUGGGAUUUAUGGGAGAACUUGGGUUGUCCAACUCUAUAAACUGUUGUUUUGUCUUGCAGUUGACUUGUCUCACUCAUUCUUUAGAUGGUUUGAUAUUAAUCUAAGGGUAGAUCUUACCAGGUCGCGGGUUCUACUUUUACUUAAAGACAAAGGAAAGAAAUAUUAAACUUGAAAAAAGAUAUGAAAACGGGGCGUCACAUACAAUAUUAUCCGCAUUUUAGUUGGUACACAUCAACACAGUAUCAAUAAAAUUUUGUGAAGAGGCUGCAAGGAAACUAAGUAUAAACAAUGUUAUAGAAUGUUUAUAAUUCAAAAAUACAGUAGAGAGGUAAUCAAGCUCCAAAACAGUAAAAAUCCGAGAAAAAUUUAACUCUAGAAAAAAGUGCAUUGGGCUGAUGCCAUAUAAGUUAUACUUACAGAUAUAUUUCAAGGUGGCUUUUGAUCUAUUUCACUGCGACCUUCUCAGAUCUAUUGGAGACUAAAUUAUUAGUAUGUGUCUUUGCUCUGCUGAUUUCCUCCACCAGAAAUACUUUUGUGGCUGCUUAAUUUCUAGAGUUUGUAUUGCUACAAAAUGUUUCGGGUCCAACUAAUAGUAUUGACGCAGAUUUUUGGUCAUGACGUCCGCCUUUUAGAUGCACUUGUGACUCUUGUACCCAGGCCUUGGGUGAUUUGAAUGAAAUGAAGCAUACCCUACACCUUUUGACUAUAUGAGCCGCUUUUAUACCAGAUUACUCCGGAUUAUAUGAUAUUUUGAGUCUUCCUCGCUUAUAUAAAUUUCAAUUUGUUGCCUCACUACACUGUCCGCUUUCAAUUCUUUUAGUCAACAUUAUGUGUGACCCAUGUUGAGAAAGUAUUACUAUUUACAUAACAGAUAAUUCCUCGCCUAUCACCUUUCAACAUAUGAAAGCGAUAUAUUCAGCAGGAAUUCCUGUGUUACGGCAUUAAAGUGAAUCAAGGUUUAUUAAGGACAAAAACCAAACGACACGUUACCAAACGACCUCGCGGAUUUUUGAUACAAAUGAUGAAAUAAGAUGAGCGGCGAGAAUAGUUGCCGAAAUAGAGACCAUAGAAGAAGUUUUGGAAAGAAAAAGAGACAAAGAAAGUCAGGCCCCUUUACAAGGAGUGAAACUACCAAAAAAAAAACCACCGGAAGAACCAAUAAUAGAAAAAGAAGUAGCAUACAUGGAGGAAGUGAAGGGUAUUCUACAGGACUUGAUGAUGGAAAUAAAACAAACGAAUACAAACAAAAAAACAUAACUGAAAUAUGGAGAAAGAAAACAUUCUAAUUAAAACAAAAUCAUUAAGCAGCUAAAGAAAAGGUAACAUUUACUAAAAAUACAAAGCAAAAGACAAAAUUUAAUAGUAACCGUGUAGCAAGCGGGCUCAGGUAACAGCAAGGAACUAAAACGAGCGAUGGAAAAUAUUAUAAUCAAAUAGCUCGAAUUAGAAAUAGGAUUAAGAGCUAAAAAAAUCGGAAUAAAAACACGUGUAUAGAAAUAGAAGAUGUUGAAAAUAAAAUGAAGAUAUCGGAAAACAAAAACAAAUUACGGUACAUGAAAGAUGGGAUAGUUUAUAUUAAUAACGAUCUCUCUAUAAAAGAGAGAGAUUAAGAGUUAAUGAAGGAAAGAGAGAUGGAAACAAGGCAAGAAUACGACACGGAAAACUAAUUAUAAAUGGAGAAGUUUGGAAAUGGAGCCAGGAGGCAAAUGAUUUGGUAAAAGGCUCCGAGAAGAGAAAGUUUCCAAAAAAGUAGUUACUAUGGAUAAAGGAAGGGAUGAGAAGCAUAACGGCCAGGCGAAGAACAAGAAAUUAGAAUCUGAACGAACAAGUAAAAAAAAUUAAGCAAAGGAAAAUGAAAAUAGAAACAUGGAAUGUCAGAGCUAGGUAUGAACGAGUGGCUCUAAACUAAAUACAUGGAAAUGCAACAAAAAAAGGAGAAUCAGAUGGAAAACAGACCUUUUAGGACGGUCACAAGGAAUAAAAGUUCAAUAGCAAAGGGUAGUAGAAUAAUGGGUCCUUGAGUAAUAUUAUUAAAGCUAAAGCAACCUCCAAAGCAACAAAUAUAAGAUUGUACAAAACAAUUAUCAGGCAGACUGUACUGUAUGGAUGUGAGUCCUGUAUGCUAACCAAGAAGAGUGUUGAAAAAAUAUUGGGAGGUGUGAAAAUAAAGAAUGGGUCAUGGAGAAGAACAAAUACUGAGCUUAAAGAAAUAUAUCACGAGCCUAAUUUUACGCAAAUGGUCUAAACCCAAAGAGUCAGGUGGUUGGAACAUAAGUGCAGAGUGAAUGCAAUCAAAAUUGCCAAGAGAGCAUAAAUGGUGGGAGAGGGAAUUAGAAGAAGGAAAGGCCGGCCGAAUAGGAAUGGGUAGGAGAGGUAAUAUAGGAUUUGAGAAGAGUGGGAAUAACUGAGUGCAGAGAAAGAACAGAGGACAGAAAUGGAUAGAGAGUUUAAAGAUUUGGAAACAUAUAUUUUGUAAAUUUUUUAAUUGCAAAAAUAAUCUUGCCAUGGGCUUUCGCGGGCUGUCACUGUUUUUCUAUUGUUUGUUGUUAUGAUGAUGAACAAAGUAAACAGCGGUGAAGGGUAGUCAAACUAUCAACAUUUUUUUAUAUCUUGUUAAGUGCGAUUGACCAUCUUUGUUGUGACUUUCUUUUUUUAGUGAAGCGAUAUAAAAGUAAUUCAUUACGAUAUUGUUAGGCAGACAAAGUAACUAACCACUUCUCCGGAAGCUUUUACAUGCCGGCAUCAAAUAAAACCUAAGACAACUCGAACAGCCAUGUGUGUCGUUGACCCAAACAUGUAAUAACGAAAUGUUUUAGUAUCUUCCAUUCUAUUUUGAAUGUGUUGAGAGUGAGACACGUGGUAUAAGAGAGCGCAUUAUCUUGGAGAAGAUAAACGGGUUUCAUGUAUGUUUUCAGAAGGUUAAAGCAGCAUUUAUAGAACGUUAAGUGCGCAGGAAAUCAUGUAACCUAGCUCAUUUUAAAAUUGUAACAUUUUUGUUUCACCUCCAAUGGAAUUCACCAUCUUCGUCAUUGUAACUUUCUUUUUUUUUAGUUAGGCGAGAAAAGUGUAAUCCAUUAUAAUAUUGAUAGACAGUCACUUGAAUCACGUCUAUUUUGUAGUUGUUUUAGAAGGUUAGAGUAGUAUGUAGCAUUUAUGGAACGUUGUAUGCGCAAGUGGUCAAGUACAGCGCUUCUCGUCGUUCCCAAAAUACGGUAUACAUAAUCUUACCCGCCGACCUGGUUGUCUUCGCUUUGUUUGAAAUUCCUUAUUUUUCCUCCUUUCUUUAGUUGCCACUUUGAUUUUGGGGGAUUUCGUGAACGCCGAAGAUUUUCCUUGUUUUUAAUGCCUUCCUGUACCAAAACAAAUGACAAAUACAUUGCACUACUGUGGUCGGCACUUAACGCCAACUCAUGAUCAUAGCACGCACAUGAAACGUGCUUUUGUGAUAAAAACUGUGUAAGUGUUUGAUGUACAGAAAAACGUUUCAAACAAAAUAAAAUUUCAUUCCAUACCUAGUUAAUAAAUAACAAAUAGAAUUAAAGCCAUCGGAAGAUAUAUAUAAGAUUUUUUACAUUGACUAUUUCCUUCGAAAAAUUUAAGCCAACCAAAAAGCUGUAAUAUUUUAUGUUUACCUAGCAACGAUCAAAUUUCAGCGAUAAUACUGCACUAGUGCAAAUUAUCAAUAAUUUGCACUAGUGCCAAAUUUUCGUCUAGGAUUAAUAAACAUCAUUUGGUUUUAAUUUUAUAUUUUAAGAAAAGGAACAAUUAUUGAAAAUGCAAUUAGAAUAUACAACUUUACUGGAGGCCGACGAUGGUGUUUCUAUGCUGCUUCCACCACUUCUUAUUGUUACUUCGCUACUGUCAUUUCGCAUUUUUUGUACAAUUUCCUCGUGGUGUUCACUAUUUACUUGGAGGUAACUCUUUAUCGAGGCCUGAUUUGAGUGUCCGGUAACCUUCAUAAUUUGAUUUUCUGAAACCCCAACCUUGGCAAGCUGAGUAACUGCCGCCACGCAGAAUCUCUCGACUUUUUCGUAUUCAGUGGAGUUAAUUUAUCCACUGCGGCGUCUAUUACUUGCGUGGAAUUCUGCCCAAAACGUAAACUCAUUUUGAAAUAUUUUUUCACGAACAAAACUGUUGUCAAUAAGUUACCGUAGAUACCAAUUCAAUGCCAAUAUGAUGAUCGUCAACUACGGUAUAAUUUAAAGAAUGACAAAUUUUAAACACAGAAUUAAGUUUAUUUUAAAUUAAAUUUUUCUCAGGAAAUAGUCUGCCAAAAUGCCCUCUCGUACAUGUCAAAUUGUCUCAUAAUUUCCUCUUGUGCGCAUUCGCGCACUCGAGAAAAUUAAAUUAUCGACAAUUUGACAUGCACUCGGGACAUUAAUAUUGAAUAUCGUAACAUGCGGAUAUGAGAUUUUAUGUGACUUGGAGAUAUUCGCUGAGGUGCCAAAAUGAACAUUUAUGCGACUUCAGCUAACCAUUUCUCAUUUCGAGAUAGAUCUGAAUGACUGGACUUAGCUUGAAAGUUUCUAAACAGAAAGAAAGAAAGUUGAAUAGUUUUUGUUACCUUUGUAAGGAAAGUUUCAUAUUCCCAUUGGUUUAAUUAAAAAUAAUUUUUUAAAUAUAUUUAUUUACAUUAAGAAAGUUGUAGUAUUUUCUCAGUUUAUAGUUGUAAAGGCUAUAUAUAUAUAUAUUGUUGUUCAACUGUUAACUUCCCUGUUGGUUUACUUAUGUUGAAUCUUAAAUGAAAAAAAUGUAUGCGCUUCUAUGGAUGAAUACAAUAGACAUGAAAAAUAAUGAGCGUUACAUUUAAAAACGAUAAUUCCUAUGAUGGAAAGUAGAAUUAGAAAAAUCUGUUUUGUUUCCCUUUUGAUAGACUCAAAUUUGCAGCAGACCGUUAAACCUUAUCCACCGAAGGUUAAGCACUAUUUUUAAAGGCCAUUACUAAUAUAUAAAAUAGUUGUUAAGUAUCACAUUUUCUCAUAUAAACGGAUAACUGCAAAAUGUCACAAUUAUAUAUUUUUUUAAAGAUUCUAUGAAAAAGUCGAGACCUGUAGGCAAAGUCCUUUGCAAGUGUCUGUAUUUGGAAACUUUUUAAUAAAGAUAUACAUUUAUUUCGAAUAAAUUAUCUUCUCCUAAUGCAAUAUGAGCAAAAGCAUAGAAUAAAUCUUGUUUUAUGUGUUAAAAAGGGAUACAAACUGUUCAACCUACGCUUUUUUAGAUGAAUAUUUGUUGCAUAUUUUGCUAAUAAGAAUGUUAUCGAUAAUAAAGCUUCUGAAAUUUUUGAAGUUAUCACUGUUAUAGAAAUAAUAAGAGGUAACUGUCUAGAAAAACUAUAGGGACCAUAAUUCGCUUGAACUGAAGUACUUGAAAUUUAUGAUGAUACCUUCCUUACAUGGACUACAAAUUAUUUUCCACUGUUUUUGAUGGAUAAAUUAUUAUUCAUACGUACUUCUUAAAUUGCAUAUUUUGAUCUUUUUCAUUGUUUAGUUAUACCUCAUAUUGAACAUUUCAUAUUUGCAACAAUAUAUUUAAUAUAUAUAAAAAACUGAAUAUAAUAGUAUUUUCUAAUUAAAAUUUUUCUCAUUACAACGAAUUUUACAUAAAAACAAAUACAGUUUCAAACAUUUGAAAUAUAACUAUUUCAUGCCAAGUUAGAUGAACGAAAUACGGGGUGCUUCUAUAUUCCUGCGACAAAAUUCAGGAGGUAAUAGAUCGUAUGAAAUUAAGAUGGGUUUUUCCUAUAACAAAAUUUCAUUAGCAUACGCCUUUCCGAGAUAUCACCUCUAAAAGGCGGUGACUAAAAUUAAUUUUUUUUUCUAAACGUGUACGGCAAUCCCUGACACGUGGGCUACGUUCAUGUAUUUUAGCUAAAGGUGGUUAUUUCCAGUAUUUAUUAUGAAUCCUAUUAUAUUUUAUAUAUUUUUUGUUUUCCACUCAAAAAAUCAUAAUUUAUGGAGCUCUCUGUAGCUGUUGGUUUUGGGAAUAAAAAAUAUUUUUGAAAUAAACUUGAAACUUGAAGUAAUUGUCAAUUGGAAUUAGUUAUGGUUAUAUUGAUAUUGAUGAAAUAUGUCAUUUGGGUAAUUCUUAAUAAAUGGAGAGUCGACCUUGUGAUUUCUUAAAAAAAUGUUGAAAUUUACAUUUUUUAUACUCCAAGUAUAUUUAUAUAUUAGAAAAGCCAAAAAAAUCGAACUAAAGGUUUUAACGGAGGGGAUAAAGUUAUUCAUCGAAAAUAGAGAAUGUUAACGGAGGGUGAAAAUGAACUUUGAUAAGAACGAAAUUAACUGAAGAGAGAAUCAUUUAAAUUUUAUUUUUUGUUUAUUAAUCCUUCUUCUUGUGAUUGUAUCACUUUUCCCUGGUCACAGGCAUACUGUCCACUCGUUUAACACAGAAUUUAACGGGGUAGAGAAAUUUUGAAUUUAGCACAAUUUUCGUCUAGAUAAAAUGGCCACCGUUAACAACUGAGGCGGCUUUCGUAAGAAACCGUAAACUAUCGAACAAUUUUAUGUUAAAUAAAUUACCCAAUGAACUGCGGGUAACGGCAAAGAUACUCUAUAUGUUCAAUAAUAUUCUACCUUCUACGACGAUAUUAGAUUUCCACUCAACGUGUGUUCAUUGCUAAUAAGGGGUUUUCCAAUAAGAGGUGUUAUUUUGAUAUGCAAAGAAAAAUGCCAUUUUUUGAGAUAAAUGAUCGGAUGUUUAUUUCAUUAUAAAGAGGAAGGUAUGCCGUUAAUAAUGGAACACAACAUCAGCCAAAUGGCUGCUUGGACUGCGCUUACAGGACCAUAUCCUUUUCAUGAAAUGUUCCGUAACCAAAUUGCAAAGCGGCUGCCCUAUGUCCCCGAUAGCCUCACGAAUUCCAUCUUUGAGGUCUUGAAUCGAUGCUGGACUGUUGGCGUAGACCUUAUCUUUCACGUGGCCCCAAAGGAAAAAGUCGCAAAGUGUUAAAUCACAAGAUCUCGGUGGCCAAUUGUGAUCACCUUUUCGAGAGAUAACACGGUCCGGAAAUUUUUCCCGUAAAAGAUCGAUGGUUUCGUUGCUUUUGUGGCAUGUAGCGCCGUCUUGUCGAAAGUAAACGUUGUCUAAAUCAAUACCAUCCAAUUCCGGCCAUAAAAAAUCAUUAAUCAUUAAUCAUCUCUCGAUAGCGCAAUCCAUUCACCGUAACUAUUGCUCCAGCCUCAUUUUCGAAAAAGUAAGGUCCAAUGACACCGCCAGAUCAUAAACCGCACCAAACAGUCACGUGUAGAGGGUGGAGAGGAUUUUCAACAAUAACUCUUGGGUUUUCCAAGCCCCAGAUUCGACAAUUUUGUUUAUUGACGUAACCACCAAGGUGGAAAUGGGCCUCAUCAGUUAAGAUGAUUUUUCGAUGAAAUUCCGGAUCAUUUUCAUACAUUUCAAGGACCCAAUCAGCAAAGACACGACGUUGUUGAUGAUCGGCCGGCUUGAGUUCUUGUGUUAACUGAACUUUAUAGGCCUUAAGAUCCAAGUCUUUAUGCAAAAUACGGUGUAAUGACGUUUGUGGAAUGGCUAAUUCCAAAGAAUGACGAGGAAUGAACAAACCUGGGUUUUCUUCAACACUUUGGGCUACAGCAGCAAUAUUCUCAGUUGUUCCUGAGCGACGUGCACGGGUUUUAUUCUUCACAUCACUAACUUGUGCCAACAGCUCAAAUUUUUCCACCAAUUACUGUAUUGCGGUCCGAGAAGGUGCUUCACGUCGACCCAAAAAUGUUUUAGUUUUACGAACCGUCUCUGCCAAACUUUCACCAUUUUUAUAGUGAAUUUUAAUAAUUUCAAUGCGUUGUUGAAGCGUGUAUCGUUCCAUUUUCAUUAAUGGCGUAGUUUCUACUUGUCAAAUGUCAAAAAAUGACAGCUUCAAAAGUCACAUUUACCGAAAUAGCGGGCUGUUCAAAAUAACACCUCUUAUUGGAAAACCUUUACAUCUACUUCCGAAUCGGUGAGUAGAGAAGCAGAUGAUCGCCUAAAACGGUGCCCUGUGUAGUACUUAUGGUUGGGCAAAUUUAAAUAUUGUGCUAUGAGGGAUGGAAUAUUUUCAAUCUUGUUAAUAAAAACAGUUAGUUUGGUACAUUUUUUCUUGCGAUCUAUUAAAAAUAACGUUUAUUAUUUGCUUCUGAAGGUCGCUAUUACAUAAUUUUUUGUUACGAUCUAGAAACUUGGCGAAGUAUCUUUAUUAUCAAUUACAGUGAACCUUCUUGAAGUUUUGUUUUUGCUUUCUCUAAUAUUUAUUAUAAGAAUAUUUUCGGUUUCCUCCACGACAUCUGUUAGAAGAUCGCAUAACUCCUGAAGUCGACAAGCGCCAGCAAGAUAUAGCAAGAUAUAGCUGUAAUGAAUUUUAGUUUUUAUAUUAAUAAAAAACCGCGUCUGCUAUUCUCAAAUUUUUAAUCUUUUUUAUUAAACCAGUGGCUGGAAUUUGAAAACCGGUUGAUCAAUAUUCUCGAACAUAAAUUAUAAAAUAAAAAAAACUCGAUAAGAAAAAAUCAAAAUACAAAAGGACCGCAAAAUUUUAAAAACAUUUUGCAAAAUGAUGAUGAUGUUUCACACUUCUUAAUUACAGUACAACAUUAUUACAAUCACAGGGCCUUACACACAACACAAAAUUUGAUAAAUAUACAAAUAAAAAGAGUGUUAUAAUGAUUAUUCCAUUUAAAAAGUACUUUUUUGCUCUUAUUGGGGUGUAAUAAUGAAACAUUCAUUCAAAAUACAUUGUUCUUUUUUGCACGAUUUUAGACGUAUGUAUAAUAUGUAAUUUCUCGAUUUAUAUGUUUCUAAAUGCUUAAUUUUAAUGGUGUUCGUAAUUAAAGUAAUUUAUUUAUGGUAGAAUAGAAUUUUUGGAGUGCCUUUAGGUGCUUCAAAUAAGAUUUUGUUUGUAAUUAACAGUAUAUUUCACUUAGAUAUUAUCUAUUUUAACGAAAACAUUUUGCAAAGAUCACAGAAGUCUCCUCUUAAUGAGAAGGACUCUUUUAUAAUUUGGCAGCUUUACGGUAGGUUUAUGAUUUGUUAGUGAUUUUUCAUUUACAUUUACUCGUGAAAAUGGCAGUGCAGUGUAACGAAAAAUGUAAACAUAAACGCAGUUAAAAUAAUAACUCUUCUAAAGCCACUAAUAUAUAAUGUAGCACCAUUAGUUCCUAAGUGUGUUCCAUUCUGAGACAUUGAAUCGGAUAAUUUCUACUGCAAAAAAUGAAAUUAUUGGUAGAAAUGACUUAAUAAGAACGAUCUAAAAAGAUAGAAAAUCAGGAUAAAUUAGAGAAAGGAAAAUAUACGAUACAAAGCCUAAUAAUGGAUUAAAUUAAAUGAAGAAAAAACAAAAAGAAUAAAAAAGAUAUGAAAAUAAAUAAAUAAAAGAUGAUGUUGUACUUAAAUUGAAAAUCCAAGAAACAGGAAAAUACGUCCAAAACUGGAAAUAGCAUAGGAUGAAAUAAUAUUGUGAUAUAAAGAAUAGUCCAAGCCAAAAAAAUUCAUCAAAGGAGAAAAGACAAGACAUGAGAAAAUUACUAGAGCAUAAUAUGGAAUGUUUAGUACAAAUGAGAAAUGCAAGGAAGAAGAAAUGGAAGCAAAAAGAAUGAGUAUGGGAAGUUGAGAAUUUGGAAAUGUACAGAAACAACGAAAUGGGUAAGGUAGAAAGAAACAUUCAAUAAAAAAUACCAAGGGUGAAGAAGCACAAGUUAACUACAAGAAUUGUGAAAUAAAGUUAUUCGAAGGAAAUAAAUAAAAGAAAUGGGAAAGAUGGGAUGUAUAUUAUCUCUUAUUACUAAAGAUAUAUUAAAUUAAACCUAAGAAUAUCGAUUUGUUAUUGAGUAAUUCCUAGAAAUUCGCACUAGAGUUAUUUUUUGGCAAAUAAUCGAAUAAAAAUUCAGUAUUCAAGUUUAACCCACGUCUCCUUAUUUAUAAACAAUUUAAAGAAUUUAUAUCAUAUCAUACAAUAUCAAUGAUAUAAAUAACAGAAUUUACAGAAAACGUCAAAGUGAAAUAGCGAUACUAUAAAUGUUCAAUGUGAUAAAAAUAUUUUACAGAUCCUCCGUUUUCUAUAUCAAAACAGAACAGCCACUAACACGAAGUGGUAGAAUUGCUGUAAAGCUUUAAUUGUAAAAUAGUAGGUACAUUGUAUAUUUACCACAAUUAUAGUUAUAAUAUUUUUAAAUAUUUCUCGCUUUGUACCAAUAUGUAAAGCUUGACGUCCGACGUUGUAGGUUUUUAUAAGAUAGUUGCAAUUCAAUAAUUUGUUAUUAACAAUCGAAGUUUUCUUAGUAUGUAUAAAAAUUGACUCCAUGCAAUUACUAUAAAAUCGUUUAUCUAUUCAACAAUGUUGUAAUUAGCCAUAAAGGAAAUUUUUUUCUAUUACAGAAUAUUUCACGAGCCUAGAUAAUUACGAUAUAUAUAACACGAGUCUUAGAAAUUUAAAGUUAUUGAAAACAUUUUCUUAAUCAUCUUCGUUUCAUCCCAAUUGUAAACAUUUUGCCUGAUGAAGCCUUCACUGUUACAUAAUUCAAAAAAGCUGUUUUGUGAACUUCAGGGUAGUUUCCAUAGUCGAGCAUUGAAAUCUAUAACAUGUGCUGCCUUUGAAAUCAGUUAGACCAAUUAUUUCAGUUAUAAAAAAACUUUUUCAUACGCUUUACUCUGUUAGAAGAGACGACCCCACAUUUUGUGCAGUCUUAAUCACAACGGUGGCGUACUGAGUUAAUGUGGAUGGACUAAGAAUUGAAAAAGGUCUGUGGUGAGGAACAGAUAUCAGAUGCAGAUAGUUAUUGCUCUUCCUGUGCACUGGCAUUCAUACGUUUGCUGCUGCGGCGCAAAAUUCGAAUUUAUGACUAUUUGUUGCUGUAACUGUUGAAAAUUGAAAUGGCCCUCAAUCAGCCCUAAUAGAAGCUAGCUGAUUGGCACAAAGAAGAAAAUUAAUGUGAACAAUAAUAUCACUUGAUGGUUUAUUUUACAUUGACUUUGAAAUAUUUAUUACACUCUGUUGCAUAAAUAAUGAACCUAAAUCGGAUUGGUAUAUGUUUCAUAAGAAUUCACUCAAUUUCAUUAAACCUGUUGGUUGAUGCUGACAUCCUUUAACAGUAUAGUCAACAAUUUCAUUAUUAGAAAUUUCUUUAUAUGGAAAAAAUAGCUUAAUAAUAUGGAUAUUUUGAAUGAGAGUACAUGUUUGUAGGAAAGAUGUGUGUACAUUAUACAGUCUGAUGGGAUUAAAAUGUAAGACUCAAACGCAUCUAAAAUCCUCAUCAUAGAAAGAAUAUGAAAUCAUUGAAUGCCACCAAAGAAAGGUUUCAAUGUAAUUUGUUUAGCUUCUCUCAUUGAUUUUAUAAAAAGAAGUAUUAAAAGUAGACAGUGAGGCAACCAUAGAGUAGACAAAGUGUUUGCACAAAAAGAAGCGGGAUACAGUAGGUAUACGUCAAAGUCUGGAAUUAAUUUAGUAAAUACAAAGUACUCCAAGCUUGCGCCCAAAUAUCUAGACUUAUCUCAAGAGUUGGAAAAAAUGUCAAAACAAGUCAAUAUUAACCUUGAUGAUGGCUCAAGCUUUAUACUAGUUCCAAACUCCUUUUUCUGCUCUUUUAACUUCCAGAAUCACCUUUUGAGAAAUAUUAAAUCGCAAAGGGUGUUCAGGAAGGCAUCAUUUUAUAUUUGUUUUUAUUAUUUAGGCAAUUUCUCUCUUAUUUUGUUCAUUAUUUGUGAGGUGAGAUCUGCUUGGACUAUACUAGACAAAAUUAAUUUUAACAAUGUACUAAAUACCUUCUUCCAAAACAAGCAUAUUAUCACAAUAUUCUCCAUAUUUCAAAUCCUAGAGAAUUGAAGUACCAAUAUAAUUAGUGAGUUCAAGUUUGCAAGGAGUCAAUUUUCCAAAAAAAUCAAGAGCUUGUUUAGUAAUAUUAGUAAAUGUACUUCCUGCACGAUUCAACGUACUGCAUUUUUUGCCCUACAUCUUGGUAACAAUGUGUGAUUUGAUGGAAAGUGCAUCCCAUGUUUUCAGUAGAAUUCAUUCACAAACUCUGAUAAACGUCUUGACUGCUUCCAAAAUUCACCUUUAGAGGUACUCAAAAACGUUUAAUUCAUUAUUCACCAGAAUAGCAUGGCCUCCUGAUUAGACACAGCCUUAACGAAUAUUAAAAAAAGGGCUUCACAAUAAUGAUGCAUUUGUUUGUCAUAUCCAAUUGAGGUAACGGUUUAAACAUUUCUUAUAAAUUUCUUAUAAAAACUAUUUUCAUUUCGGUCAUGGAAAUAUGAAUCGAGCCGUUAAUCGCUGUAUGUAUAUCUUAGACACCUCCCUAGCAGAUCAUGCUAUAGAAGCUGUCACAUACCUCUUCCAACGUCUUUAUUGCGAUCAGACUCAUAUAACUACAAGUUGUCUAGGACAAUAUUCAUUGCAAGAAACUGUCCUGUUUCCGUUCCUUCAACCUAAUCGACCAUCCUCUUGAAGUACCUUCGUCUACGAUUUGAUAGUUUCUCUGUAUCCUUCUUUCUUCACUCUUUAGACACGUUAAAAACACACCCCCCUCCGCCAUAUUUUUCAUCAGCAAGGGGCGACAAACUUCCAACCGCACGCAUUGUUGCUAGAAGUUUAACAGUUUGGUAACCCAUACACCAUUAUUUUCUAGUAUUAAAAGUGUUUGUGUAUGAUAAAAUCUAAACUACCAAUUUUAAUGUCGAGUUGAGCCGAAAUUUUUCGAAAAUUUAUCCUACCAUCCUCAUUUUUUGCGGGUUUUGCGGGUUAUCUUGAACGCUUUGGUUCGUGUAGAGUAUUUAAAUUGCGCCAUGUUGCUCUAGCUAGCUGUAGUUUGUUCAAUCAGGUAGCCAUGGUCUCUGAGACAGGGCAUCAGCAUUCUUAGGUUUUCUAGGAUUCUCGACUUUCCAUUUUUCGUGAACUUUUCAUCUGUUCAAAUAUAAUGAAUAGAUUUUCUAUAAAUGCCACUGUCUCUUAUAAGACAUAUCAAAGUAAUUAUUGUAGCGAAGACUACAACAUUCGUUAGAAUUGAUAAAAAUUUUUUCAAGCAAUAAUAGAUUUCAAACUCUCUGGUAUAACAGUUUGUGAAACAUUAAUUUAUUAUAACUAUUAGUAAACAAGCGUCUGGUAUUUGAAGGAAUAAGUUCACUUCAAAACCUAUUAUAUUCCUGUAAUAUUUGAAUUGAAUUAACCAUGGGAUAAAGUAUGUACUUAAGAACUUUUUUUAUUGUGUUUUAUCGCAAUAAAAUUUGUCUCUAUUGUAACAGUGUAAAAAUAUUUUAUUAUGUAUAAUUUAAUAGAUUCAAUUGUAUUUACCUUUAACUUUGAAAAUUUUCUAAAAUAGUUUAAUUGCACGCACAUUUAAUUUUAUUCUGUUACUUUUUAUAACUAAUAAAUAUUGUGGCCAUACAA